UUCUCGCCCGUUACAGAGAACCCCCACACUUUUCCCUCUUCAUACCCACGAUUCCGCAAACCUAGGGUUUCAAACUCCCCACUCAAAUUCCAACCAAAUUCAUACCCCGAAUUUAAUUCUCUCGAAUUUCUUUCAAAUAACCAUUCAAAUUCCCAGAAAAACCCACAAAAUCCCCCAUUUCCCCCCAAUUUUCCUUGCUCAAAAAUGGCUGCAGUCAAUUUCCUAAACCCUCAAAACCCCACUUCCCCCUUUUCAACAGAAUCUUACCACCCCAUGUUACAAGAAUCAAUUCAGCUCUUCUUAUCUCAAAUUCAAUCUGGAAUUUCUGAUUUUUCUCACUUCAAUUUGAUGUUUUCCCGCUUAAUUCAGACAAUGCCUUCACCACCCAUUGAAAUUAUUUGGUUUUAUUCAGCUGUAAAUUUUCACACCCACAAAAAAUUAAUUGCCCAGAAAAAUUUAGCUUCCCAGGAUGAUAAUUUGGGCAGAAUUUUAGCUAUUAAGGAGCUUUUCCACUCAUUAGUUUCUUGUUCCGAUCCUUGCAAUAGUAGUAGUCUCAAGAAAGUUGCUGUUUUAGCUCCCCUACUCUUUGAGCUGUAUAAUUUUGUUCUCGAUUUGAAAGUAAAUGUUAGGUUUAGCUUAGAUAAAGCUAUUAAUGUAGAGAUUUGUAGCUUGGUGGAGCGUUUAGUGAGCUAUGUUAGCUUGUGUUGUUGUGAGGGGUUGGAUGAUCAUGAUGACACUAUGGCUUUUUCGCCGUGUUUUGUGGGUUUGGUUAAAGUUUGGACGGUUCAAAGACGGGAGAGUAGUUCCGGUUUCGAGGAUGAUUUUAAGAUGUUUUUCCCAAUGGUUAGCAGCGAGGCUCGGAACGGGUUCUUGGUGGGUAGCAGGGUUGGUGUUUUAGCUGGGAUUGUCAUGUGCCAGACCUUUUUGCUUAAUCUGAGCUUGAACUUUGGGUUGGAAGCUUCACAGAAGCUGAAGGAAGAUGUCCUGAAUUCGUCUGUUAAUACCAUUACCGGGUUUAGAAGUUGUUACUUCUUUGAUACUCUUCUCAAGAUGUUGUUGGAGGUCAAUUUGCCUGUCACCUCCCUGCUGACUGUGGUUGAUGAAGUUUUGUUGCGAGAAGCCCUAUUCGACGCAAUCAUAUUGGUAGAUUAUCCAUUCUUUAAUCCAGGAUGUGGAAUUCGUCUUUGUAGCCAUCACUUAAACAGUCUUGCUUCAACAUGGUUAUUUGUUGCAGACAAGGCUAUGCAUUUUGUUUGGCGUAAUGGUAACCGAACUAAAGUCAUCUCCUACAUGAAAGCUUUCUCUAAGUCUCUCAUACAUUCUCAGCUAUUGAAGUGGGUCUGUACUCAAACUUUCAUGGUAGAGGAUGCAAAUACAACAAAUAUGUCUACUCCAGCAGCUUUUAUGGAAUGGCUUGUACAGCUUACAAGUCAUACUUCAAGGGGGGGCUUCAAUGACGAGUUCUCAAUGCUUGUUGAAAAAGCCAUGAAUUACACAUCUGAGAUGAAAACUGCACACCUGUACUUGGAUUUAGAUGGUAAUUACGAUUUCUGCUUUGACCAAAAAGUGGGAGAAGAAGAUGGAGGAGGAGCUGAUGGGGAUCUUGAGAUGAUUGAUUCAACAGAGGGUGUUAAAGAUGGGUGCAAUACUAACUUUACAGACAUUGACACUUGUAGAAAGCGUAAAGGAGAAAAGGACGAAGGUGGCAUACGAGUGAAACUUCUUAAAUACCAAAUGCAUGAUAGUCCAAUCAAGAACUUUUCACCUUUCCAGAAUGAAAUUGGUUUGAUCAGAAGGAGCUAAGCAGAUAAAUUUGUAGUUUCCCAACGAAGAUGCAGAAAUUUUGUUGCAACAAUCAGACUGGUAUGGUUUAUGGUUGAUUGUGUAAUUCAGGUUGCCUGCAGUGUAAUAAUGUGUAGUGUAGAAGAGUCUGGAAUCUUCCAGAGGCAGGAAAAUUUGUAUCCGCCCGUAACUGUGAUUCUCUAAGACACUGUAAUGGAUACUGGUUAUUGAAAUGUGUUGUUAUAAGCAUAAUAUGUAUGGUAGGGAAGCUAUUCUCCAAGAACUUGAAGGAACAAUAUCCUUUUUCUCUGCAGUUUCUGAUAAGAAAUUAAGAAUGCUCUACAUUGCAUUGGAGUUGUAA